AUGAACGACAUAAAAGAUAUGAAUGAUGAAUAUGGAAAUGAUCAAAACGAUCAUUCGAGAGAAUUAUGUGCUUGGAUCGAAAGUAUACCAUUCUCGAAACCUAAAAAAAAUUUAUCACCUCUUUCGUUAUAUCGAGAUUUUUCGGAUGGCGUAUUGUUAGCUGAAAUUCUCAAGGUGUAUUAUCCUCGUUACGUAGAUAUUCAUAAUUAUAUAUCAGCGAAUAAUUACUUUUUGAAAAAAGAAAAUUGGAAUACGUUAAAUCGUAAGGUAUUAACAAAGAUAGACAUUAAAUUAAAUAAAGACAUUAUAAGUCAACUUGUUAAUGAUAAAAAAGUUGAAGUAGAUCAGGAAGACGAACACGUGCCACGUCAAAUUUGUAUUCAAUUAAAACAAGAAUUACGUGAGAAAGAUAAUUUAAUAUGUACUUUAAAUCAUCAGAUCGCUUAUUUGGAAGGUGCAAUGAAAUUGAAAGAUUUACGUAUAUCCGGUCUGAUGUCAAAAAUAAAUUCAAAUUCGUAUUCACAUUAA